AUGACUGAGGAGUUUCUGGAGAAGAGUGUGUUUGAGCAAUUUCCAAAACAGGACUGCUGCUUCCCCAAUUUCGAGGACAUCCACUUUAGCGAAAUCCAGGAAUUGUGUCUGGGUUACAAUAACAUCGCGAUGAUUGACAACUUGUGGGAUUUCACGUCUUUGGAAAGGCUGAACCACGUGGGGAAGAUUCAAGGCCUGGACAUGCUGACUAAUCAGACACAUCUUAAUCUUUCCUUCAACAACAUCGAGAAUAUUGAGGGUCUCGAGAAUCUGUGGAAGCUUGAACUGCUGGUUUUGGCCAAUAAUAGGAUCUCUGUCAUUGAAAAUAUUGAUACACUUGAAAAUGUCCCUCAUCUUCAGAUUGCAAACAACCUCAUCGGACAGCUGGACAAUGCGCUGCAGCUCAAGAAGUUCAAGAAGCUGUUCACACUUUUCUUAUUUGGAAACCCUGUCUCUAAACAAGAGAACUACAGAGAUCUCAUUGCCACCCAUAUGCCAGACCUGAGGUACCUCAACUACAAAGUCAUUGACAAAACAACAGAAGAUGAAGAGGCUCAGAGAUACCAGGAGGCUGAACUUAAACUUCACAGAGAUGCCUUUGUGGAGUCCCUUAAUGGGCCUUGCUUGUUUAUGAGCAUGUUUCAAGAUGAUCCAGAGGCAGAAGCACUGCGCUGCGUUCCAGGAAUAGCCUCACUGCUUUAA